AUGGCCGACAAGCGGAGGAGGAAAAGCCUCAGCAUCUUCCGCCAGAAAAUUGACGCCGUCCCUCCCAUACAAAUACCCUCGCGCACUUCCGCCGGAAUGCGUUCCAGCGACUCGCAUCUUGCCAGUCCCAUCUCUUCGGAUCAACCGAGCCCCAAGGGUCGCCCCAAAACUUUGCAAAAGUCCAGCCGGAGCUCCGUCUUCGGAUCGCUACGAUCGUUGCACUCCCUCGAUGAAGACGAGAAAACCGCCUUGACCCGAUCGGAUUCCAAAGCGUCUUCUCUCCAGGAAGACGGCGACAUGAAUAUCAGGGGGCUCUUGGGCGAUCAGGUUCUGCAGUACGGCGAGGUGCAAGCGGCAGGCAACAACGUCUUCCGGAAGCGGACCCAGUUCAUGGUCUUGACCGAAUCACAUCUCGUCCGGUUCAGAAGCCAGUCCAAAGCUGUUGAGAUGUUCCCCAGUAUCCCGGCCCAAGUUGGCAGGGGUCAUACGCCACGCACAUCCUCCGUGAGCUCCUAUUCGGAGCUCCAGGUGGCAGCGUAUUCAGACAUUACCUCGGGUAUCCCCCUCGACCAGGUCAUCGCCGUGUACAAGAUGGAUGAUGGUCGGCCCUUUGUCACAGUUGAAGUGGCCUACCUCGACGAAAAAACAAGAAGGUCGGCCACAAUGCAAAUGCAACUGAGCGAGUUUCGGGAGGCCUACUUAUGGACCAGUGCCAUCCGUAUGGCUGCGAGUCAAGCAAGGGCUUCCCUGUCCCAGCAAAUCCCCGAGGCGACAGUGGAACAUCUCGCCCGGGUUCUGGAGCGAGAGAGAGAUUACGAUCCGCAUCAUUUCCACGUCUUCAAGGUUGUGCAGCGCUCGGUGAACAGAUCUGUGGGGAGAGCAUCCAGCGAUGACUUGACGAGGCUCGGGUCCGGAAUUGCCUAUCUGGUCAUUGGCCUUCAUAAAGUUCAUUUGGUGCCUUUGCAUCGGACGUCGACACGAUCCUCCAGUGCCUCCCUGAGUGAGACCGAGGCGAUGACCUCGUUCGCCAUUGUGACUUUGACCUCGAUCAAGGUUCAGGCGGGUGAAGACGCCUUCCAACUGGUAUUUAAAGCACCCAUGGGCAAACCCUACACCGCCCAGCUCGCGUCUUUCUCCGCCGGUGAGAUCGCCCUUCGGUUGCGAUUUGCGUCGGAGUAUCUACGACCCGAAUGGCAGAGGCAGCCUUUUGUCUUCGAUGUCCCCGAGGAGCUGGAGGAUCAAAUGGACCCUCCGAAUUUCCCCAAGGAGGAUCACGACUGUUUCGAUAGGACACUCAUCGCAUAUUGUGCGGGAUACAACGUGAACACGUCGCGGAUCUGCUACUCUGUAGAUUACCAUUGCGAGGACGCUCCUUGCUUCCAGCUGCUCCCCUCCUCCACCGGGACCUCGUAUUCGGCGCUAGAGCUACUCGCCGUAUUUCGAGCCCUCCGCUACAAUGAAUCGUUCACGUCAAUAUCGUUUGCGCGCAUCAGUCUGAGUCCUCUUCGACACCUGUAUGAUACGUUCGCAUCGGACGUGGAUAGCCUAUCCACCCGAUCUGGAAACCCGACAAAUAUAGUCGGUCACCAAGAUCUGCCGGUGUUGGGGCAGGAGAUCAGAGCACUGGCCCUGAAGAGUCGUCGCCUGAGACGGUUGGACUUUUCCUACACCCUUCCUUCGAGGACGUUGGCGGAGGAGGAACAACCACUGGACUGCGGCAUUCUGGAGGCACUCGCACCGUUGUGCAAGAAGUCCUUGACCAAUGUCGACUGGAUUGUGCUCACGGGGUUGCGGCUGGCCGAGUCGGACCUGAAUUACCUGGUAGAUGCUGCUUCGGAGCGGAAGUGUCAUCUCCGUGCUCUGGAGAUUGGCGAGUGCGGCCUGUCAGUGCACGACAUUGACGUGCUUUUGUCUGCGCUGGCCGUGCAAGAGAGUACGGUCGAAGUGGUGGAUAUCUCAGGAGCGCAGGGGCGGUUCAGUCCGGAACUCUUCCAACGAGUCAUUGGUGCUUUCACGCGAAUCCGACGGCUGAAUCUCACCCGCGUGCAGAAAACGGCCGGUCCUGAACCGUUGGUGUGCCCAGACGCAUUGUUUGCAUGGCGACUCGAGGCGCUCCAUUUGUCUCAGACGACCCUGAACGAACAGACGGUUGACUCCAUUUCGACGUAUCUGGCCAGCACGAAGUCCGAUAUCCUGCGGGAGAUACACGUCAACCAGUGCGGUCUCACGGGACGCGAUCUUGCAACCUUUUUCCAAUCCAUGGCUCGGGAUGACGGGCUGCCGAGAGUGAUGCACGUGAGCGCCAACGAGAACCGGCUGAAGUCAGGCAAUUCUGCACUGUUCAAGACUCUUGCCCAGGGGUUCGGACCGACUUCGUUGAGUAUGCGAAUGAUGGACUUUGACAAAGACAGCCAUUUCCGUGAAAUGAUCAAGGCUUUGGCUGACAACACUACUCUGCUCAGCUUGGAUAUCGCGGGUGCUUCGCUACCGUACGAUGCCAGUGUCGAGACGUGCGAGGCGUUGAAGGAGUUGUUCGCCACCAACCAGACCCUGGAAGAACUCGACAUCAGCGGCGAACACGCGCACUUGGAUGCGACUCGGUUUGGGAUCGGGCUCAACAUUGCAUUGCGAGGAUUGAAAACCAACAAGACUCUGAGGCUGCUUCGGAUUGAAUAUCAAUCAUUGGGAUUACAAGGGGCAAACACAUUGGCCGAGGUUCUCGAGCACAAUAACACGUUGCUGGAGAUCCAUUGCGACCACAACGACAUCAACCUACAGAGUUUCACAGCGCUGGUGGAUGCGUUGGAGAGGAAUCAUGCGCUGCUGUACAUGCCGAGCAUGGACCACGACCGAGCCAAGUCUCUGGAAAAGGUGCAGCGAGAGUUCGAGACGAUGGAACACGUCGAGAGCCCCAAAGCGCCGUCCAAGAAUGGAGCCACGACGCUCAAAAAGACCUUCACCGGCGCCCUGACCGGCCGACCGCAUCGACGGGGCCACGGGCAUCGACACAGCAGUUCCAUGUCGUCGACCGCAUCGUUUACAGACCACGACGUGUCCGCCGUGAUCAGGACGCUGGAUGAGAAAUGGGACGCGCAAGUGGCCAGGAUGCAGAAGUACUUGUUCCGCAACUACUGUCUAUCGCAAGGCGUGCCGUGGCAGGACGACUCGGCGGCGGGCGGUGAUGGAGACCACCAAUCCCUCGAUACCACGACCACGGCCAAUGGAGACUCGCUGGCACAGUUGCUGCAGCAUGUGCAGCUGGACAGGACGCCGACUGUGGAGAACCCGACGUCAUUGGACUACUUGGAUGAAAAGUCGGUCGAUGUUGGGCCGCUGGUGUUUCAGAUGCCUGAGGAUUGA